UAUUGCCGAUAUGGUGGGCAUAGUGUUGCAAACGUGGUACACAGAUGACUCCACCAAUUUCGGUUAUUCGAGGCGCGGCGCACAGUGUGCUUUUGCAUUCGCAUGCAUCACCGUCCUCAGGCUCGAUUCGAUCGAAAAAUGUGUCUUCCGCUAUAUUUAAGUGCGACUGCACGCACUGUUUUCACGAGCUGUCGCCUGUAGGACGGUCGGAAAACGGUUCCUUCUCGCGCGAGCACAAGUUCCGGCCCCGGUAUCGGGAAAUUCCAUGAAUCCGUGGAUCGACGAUUAAACGGAAGGACCGCAUCGUUAAUUCCCUGACCGCGGAUGGUCAUCGUGGCGAACUCUUACUCGAAAUUUCCAUUGAUUGUAUUUAUAGUGUCCUCCGGUUUAUUUUUGCAUGCGGUUCCUUUGAGAAAAAGAUGCGCCUAUCCGCUGGCUGACAGCGUUCACGCAUCGCAGAAGCUAGAUUAGCUGCUAGAAGACAGGCAAGGGCGGAAGCACGAGAAAUACGGAUGCGGGAGUUAGAAAGGCAACAAAAAGAGGCAGAGGAGAAUGCAGAUAGGGUUUAUGAUAUGUGCGCAGCCGAUGUGAAUAGAACAAUGAGAGUAACUCCCGAUUCUGUGCGGACGUCACGCCUCCUCACAAAUUCCAACAACUUUCAAUCCAGUCGUCGGUCUUCUGAAGAUUCUCUAGAAGAUGCUGGACUAAGCAGAGAUCUCAGGUUAGAGUUGAAAGAAUUUGAGGAGAAAUUUAGAAAGGCAAUGAUAGCUAAUGCUCAGUUAGACAAUGAGAAGUCUUCAUAUGCUUAUCAAGUUGAUUUAUUAAAAGACAAAUUGGAGGAACUGGAGGAGACAGUUGCACAAUUACGUAGGGAACUUAGGGAGAAGAAUCGAGAGUCCGAGCAGUUAAAGAGAAUCAGUCAAAGAUUGAAAGACGAGUCAGAUAUAUGCCAUGCACAACUAUUAGAAAGAGAUACGCUUAUACAAGAAAAUGGUUUAGUUAUUAUUGAUGAUGAAGGAAGUGAAAACGAGGAUAACGAGAUUGAAAACGGUCCACGUCCAAGACGAAGAGUACUAGUCAGUACAGAAGCAGCAGAACUAUUGCAAAAUGCUGGAAAAGGUUCAUUGGAUGUUCGGCUGAGGAAAUUUGCUUCUGAAAAAAAAGAAUUGCAAGACGAGAUACGACAUCUAAGAUUGGAGUUAGAGGAGACAAGAAAUCGUAUUAGGUCCGAGAGAUCGCCUGGUUCAGUAUUAGGUUGUUUAUCAGACUCUGAAGACGUGCAACGAGAAGCAAACAAACUUUUGGCCGACUAUAAGUUCAAGUUACAGAAGGCUGAACAGGACAUGUCCACUUUGCAAGCCACGGUAGCCAGGUUAGAGAGUCAAGUGAUACGAUAUAAAUCAGCAGCGGAGGCCUCUGAGAAAGCAGAGGACGAAUUAAAAGUGGAAAAGAGGAAAUUACAAAGAGAAGUUAGGGAGACUCAGGGCCGUGUUGAAGAGCUAGAGACGGCGAAUUCUCAUCUGCAGAGGCGACUGGACAAACUUAAAAAUGCGAAAUCCGCUCUGUUGAAGGAGCUUUGACGGGACGACUUCUUGGGGUCCGUACAAUGAGUCUGCCAUUUUCUUCGAACCGUGUGUGCCGACGUUGCCUAAACACGAGAUACUACUUAACACUUAAUUGAAUAUAUAAUUUAUGCGAAACGGAACGUGCAUAGUAAUCGUUACGCGAUCUUACCAUGAUUUUUUUAAUCGAUUCUCUAUUUGUACAAUACUGCAUACAAGAAUACGUAUGGCGUCCAAAAAAUGGCCUCCGCGAGACGGGCCUUUUCAGGAUCCCAUACUUCUGAACAGUUAUACGCUACCUAAAAACUUGUUGUGAAAGGAAAUUGCUGUUUCUAUAUUCAACACGUUCUUUUCU